AGUGUGGACCCAGAAGUGCCACCUGUCAGUGCCCAUCAGUGCCAUGUGCCAGUGCCCAUCAGUGCCACCCAUCAGUGCCAGUCAGUGCCACCUAUCAAUGCCAAUCAGUGCCACCUAUCAGUGCCGCCUAUCAGUGCCAGUCAGUGCCGCCUAUCAGUGCCAGUCAGUGCCGUGCCUAACAGUGCCAGUGCCAGUCAGUGACACCUAUCAGUGCCGCCUUUCAGUGCCAUCAGUGCCUCCUCAUCAGUGCCCAUCAGUGCCACCUAUCAGUGUCCAUCAGUGC